AUGUCUGAUGUCACCCUGAACUUAGUUCGCCUGAACAUCUGCAAGUUGGGAUGCCAUGCAGCCUUCGACACCAGCUCAGCGAUGAUCUCUGGCCCUAAGCCUUUGAUGGAUGCGAUGACCCAGGAGCUGAAUGUUGCCAUUGACUGCUCCAAUUGGGAUGACCUGCCAGACCUGGGUUUCGAACUUGGCGGAGCGGUCUUCAACUUGGACAAAUAUCAGUAUGCAAAGCGCACCAGCGAGGGCUGCUUCCCCCAGCUGGAAGCCUCAGAAGAUGGGCAGACGGAGGGCUCCUCUACCAUCUUCCUGGGGGUGCCCUUCCUCACGCGAUAUGUGACCGUCUAUGACCGCGUCUUCCUUCGCAUGGGCUUGGCUUUUGCUGUGCAUGCAAGUGAGCCGACCGGGGAGAGCAUGGAAGGUGCCAGGAAGCGCCUCAUGGGUCGGCCAAGCCUAACCCGGGUCCCCGACACGCCCGAGGUAGACUCGGAGUAG